AAUGUGUGUACUGUGUCAACAAGAUUAACGCCUUCCUCCACUUUUACAGAGAAAUAUACAUAACUUUAAAUGAACUACCGCGCUUCCUAAUAACUCAUCCCUUUGUACAACUGUCGAGAGAAGUGUUUGUUUUCAGCCGCGCAGAUGUCUGGUUGACCCAGAGAUGUCCAGUGAUAACGUGAAGUUGUUUGUGGGGAACCUUCCUUUAGACGCAACUCAUGACGAGCUCAACAAGCUCUUUGCUCCAUACGGGGAGGUGCACACCUGCUCCUUGCUCAGGCAGUAUGCCUUCAUCACCCUCAAAGGAGAGGGAGCAGCUGACAGGGCCAUUAGGCAUCUGGAUGGCAAAGAAUACAGAGGGAGGCCCCUGGUGGUAGAGGAGUCCCGUGCUCGCCCACCAAACUCUACCAAAGUGUUUGUGGGGAACCUCAGCUCAACAUGCUCUGCAGAUGACUUGCAUGGGCUGUUCCAGACCUUUGGAAGAGUUCUUGACUGUGACAAAGUCAAAGCCAGAUUAUGCUCGAAUGCUGGCUAUGCGUUUGUGCAUAUGGAGAGGAAGGAGGAUGCUCUGCAAGCCAUCGAAGCCCUCAACGGGACUAUCUUCAAGGGGCGCCAGCUGUCUGUGGAGCUAUCCAAGGCCCAGCCCUUGAUCAACCAGAUUAUCUCCUCUGCAAACGCAACCAACCCCACUGGUGGGGCUAUGGCAGCAGGUGCAGCUAGAGAGGGCCUCCUCCCAAGACCUCAUCCGUCACUAGAGCAUCAUCAGAGCCAAGCAGCUGUGCUUGCAGCAGCUGCAGCAGCUGCCGCUGGACUGCCCAUACAAGUUCAGCAGAGUGUACAUAACUCCUUCUACAACACCACAUCCUUUGACCCCACCUACGCUGCUCUGAAGGGCAUCACGACAGCCAAAGGUUCAGAUGGGGUGAACCCUGCCAUAUAUGGGGCACUUGCCAGUCAGGUGUAUGGUUCCGUUGCUGACCAGGUGUACGAAGAUGUGUCCAAUCACAAUACUGCAUCCGCCGCCGCCGUCGAAGUACCUGAAACAGAUCCUCAAGCGAUGGCAGAUCCCACAAUGUUGUUUGAGGCAGCAAGAGCCAAGUUCUUCCAGCAGGGACAGAAGGUUCUGGCCGAGCAGCAAGCAGGCAGGAAGCAAACUGGAUCAGCUACUGAGCGAGACCGCAGCCCAAUCCGAGGAAACCGAGCCCCCCUUCUCCCUGACCCUGUCCCAGGUUCUUUUGCUCAGAUACGACCCAAACGUCGAGCCCUGCUGCCCACGCCACCGGGAGGGCCUGAAGAACCCACAGCCACCACCACAGCUGCUGCUGCUGCUGCCGCUGUUGCUACUGCUACUGAGGGGACAGAUCCUAUUGCUAGGUGUUAUGCAGAAUACUACCAGCAAAUGCAGAACUACCAACAGUAUCAUCAGUACCAUCAACAGUACCAGUACCUCCAGUAUGCUUAUACCAAUCCCCCUCCUCCUCCUCCACCACCUCCUCCACCUCCACCGGCCACUACCCAGGCCGCAGGCUACACACAAGCCUCCUCCACAGCCACAGCACCCCCGGGGACAUACACCGCGCCCACAGCUUAUACCCCACCGGUAACAUACGCAUCAGGAGCCUAUUCUGCAGCAGGAAACUAUGAGUCAUCUGGGAAUUAUGACGCCUCAUCGGGGGGCUACGACACGUCAGCGAGCUACGAUGCAUCGGGCAACUACGGGGCAUCAGGAGCGUAUGAUGCAACAGGAGCUUACGCAGCAACGGGAGCCUACACGGCAUCGGGAAACUACUCCACGUCCACACCGUAUGAGCAGACACCCGCACACGGGCAAUCCCAGCCCCAGCGCCAUGAAUACCCUUACCUCCACACUCCAGAACCCCCUUAUCGAUAGUCCUACCCCCCCACACACCCCUUCCACAUUGCAGACGUGUGUGCGUGUGUUUGCAUAUGUAUUUACAUAAGGGACAGAUUAAAGAGAGAGAAAAUCAGGGAGGGAGCAAGGUUGUGAUCUGAAUGUGCUUUUAAACUGAAAGUAUCUCCCCUUUUCUCCAUCUUGGCUAUCAUACCAUAGUCUUUACCUAGCUUGUCUGUCAGGUGAUGAAGUAAGUGGCAAGGUGGAUGUCGAUAAUAUUGUUCAAAAAGUUCUCUGGGCACAAGAAUGAAUUAAUGAGGCUGUUGAGGAAGGAGAAAUUAGCAGGGUUCACAAGGUAGACUCAAAUACCACUCAUGUCAAAUUUUGUAGUGGCUCAUGUACUUUCUCCUUUAAUGUCAAAGAAGCUAAAAUGUUGCUUGGAAACAGACUAAACACAGUGGCCUGUUAGCUUGACUGAAAUCCAUUUAGUUGCAUUGAACGUAUGCUGUGACCUGGUUGUUUUCCCAGAUGUGUUGCGUUGCACAUUUCGGACAGUCCAACUCCUGCCAGUCAAGUUCAGGACAGAAGUGACAUUUUUUGAGCCACACUUUAUUUUGUUUGUUUUGAUUUGUAUGGUUGGUUGUCAACACCAGAGCAGUGCCUUUAAGAUUAUGAAGGACCAUCAUCCAUUAAAGAUUGAGAAUGAAAGACUGAGAGUACCUUAGAGGCAGGCCAGCGUGACUGUGCACUGUACAGCUGCAGAGCUUGUUCCCGGCAGCCUUGGUUUCACUCAGCUGCUAGGACAAGUGUUCAUCAAGCACCUGAGAGUAGCAGUGGUGAAGUAGUCUUUUAAUUCCUCUGCCCUCCAUGGUUUUGGAUCAUUAUUACUGAAAUGGCACAGGCAAUUCUUUCAUUGAUCAGCAUAACGCUUGUUUGGAUAGAUACUGUAUUUAUCAGUGUACUGUUCAGAUGAGUUGCUGCCCAAAUUAAAAGUGCAGCACCGGAUUGCUCUUUCUGGUUCCUUGUUUUUCACUUGGCCUGCUGAUAGAAAGGAUUGUCUGAAAACGUACACAGUUGUGUUGCAAAGGCAUGAAGAGACUCCAGCCUGAAUUAACUGACAUCAGCCAAUGAAGUCCUACAUUUUGGUACACACAGGCUAGGCAAGUAACUUGCAAGGUUGUGGCAAACUUGGUGGGGAUACUACUAGUCUGCCGUAAUGCUUACAGUGUUUCAUAGUUACCGGUUCUGUAUUGUUUUACAUUCUGUGAGUUAGCCAAGUAUAUCAAGCAAAUCAGGCUCACAAAAUACAAAAUAGAUAUUAAAACUCGGUCCAUUGUUCAUGUUAGAGUAUGUGGUUUGGAUGGGCUUGUAGAGCAGGUAGCCACUGUGUACAUUGCUUGUGUUUUUCUGAUUUAGUGCAGCCUCUCUGUGCAUCUUUAGGUGUAGACUAAACAAAUCAAAAUGAGACGAACUGAAUUCCCGUUCUCAGGAGCGAAUUCUCAGGCCAGAGCUACUGGUACAAAGCGAUGUGUAUUUCUACAAUGGAUUUAGAUUAUAAUUGAAUUUCAGUUUAGAAGAAUUUUUUACUCUUUCAUAUAACUUUGUUUUGUGCCGACUUGUUAUCGGAGCCACCUGUGUGGAAAAGCAGGCUUGCUGUGUAUAUCCUCAUCUUUUUUUAGAUUAUUCCCAACAAUCAGUUGAUCCCAGUUUUCUACAAGGAUGCCGACUGCAAAAGAGGAGUUAUUUUUUGUCAUACUUGUAUAUACAUUUUUGAAAUCUCGAACGCUGGAGAAAUUACAGUAAUUGGUACUUGGCUAAUGAUGUCAAAAGAUGCAUUAUAAGUAGUGAAAUUUUCAGCUGGGUUAUUCCGUUUGGCUUUGCUGAUAAAGGGAAAUUACUUACAUUUUGAAAUCAUGAGAUCAGCGUUCCAGCAUAGCAAUGUUCAGCGUUGAUAGCUGUUAGCUUUUGUUCCCGUCUCCUCGGUUAUUGUCACACCUCUGUUCUCAUGGAAACCAUCAGUGAUUCAGAGGGAAUGUUGAGACAGUUUUUUUUAUAUACCACAUUGCAAGUUGCAGAAAAGUAUGAUUAUUCUUGUGUUCUUCAUGUAAAUACUUGAAAUUUUAUUUGAAGCUGGAGAAGUAACAGCAGCCAACAUUUGGUGUGGUAAGAAUGCUGAUUGAUAAUGUUGAGAUAACUGAUUGUACUGUGUAGGGAUAGUGAGUAGACAGUUGAAGUUGUUCAGGUCUGUUAAAAGAGCGGUGGCCUGUGUGAAUGGCUGCAGCUGUGGUGUGUGAACAGAACAGGAUUAGCCUCAGUGGUCAUGCUUGUGCUGUGUGCUGUCAAACCGCCAUUGAAACAAAGUACAUGAAGCUAGCCAGUGAAUGAAUGCACACUAUAUAAUCAAACACCGCAUUGGAUCUAAGGCUCAAAUGUGCUUUGAGUUCACACCCAGGUUGGGUAUAAACAUUCAGCUUUGAUUCAACCCUUUAAAAUCUGGAGACUCCCUAACCAGUGAUCGUGAAAUCGGGGGGGAAAAAAUCAUUCACCUGCAUCCAUUUGAAUUGAAAGUAGGCAGUCUCAGCCCUGGCAUGUGUCUAAAUUGAAUUGUUGAAUAUCUAAGUGUUUCUGAUGUGUAGGGUCAUUGGCUUUGUCUGGAACCGUAAAUGGAUUUGAGGUGGUAGUCUCAGCGCCAUACUUGGAUAUAAAGGUUGUCUAGGUGUAGAGUAAAGGCGAUGGAUAUUCGUGUGCAGCAGCGGGAAGGGCCGGUAACCUCUCUUUUUCUCCUGUCCCCCCUUCUGAUCUCACCAGAAAUACACUCUCCAUCAUAACACAUCACUAGGAUUGCUUGGCAUAAUUCUCUACAUUCAUAUCCCACAUGUAGGCACCUCCUUCACCUCUCCACUAAUCUAGAUUUAUUUUAUCUGGGUUGUUGCAUAUUUCACAUGUGAACCAGGCUACACGUGGAAAUGAUAAUGCACACCUUACCUUAUUCCACAUGUAUUUCAUGUGACCCAUAAGCUGUUCAUGAUUAUUCUCGCGCACGCACACAUACACAAAAGUUAUUCAUCAUAAUGAUUAUUCGCCACCUGAAUUGGUAGUGUUGUUAGGUUUAUGUUAUACAUAGCCUCUCCAUUUCCACAUGUAAUUCCUCCUGCUCCAUGUGAACUGUUAGAUGCAUGCCUUGUUGUUCCUGCUGCUCCAGCCACCUUCUUCCUCUUGCUGAUUAUUGCAGCUAGAGUGGGAGGGAGCCUAACUGAGCCCUAGCCCUGGACGUACGCCACACGCACCUGUAGCGUGGGAUGGGGAAAACAGCAGCGUUAGGCCUGAAACUGCUGUGGACGAUGGGGUGUCCCCCCACUAAGGUAAACACUCAGACCACACACUCCUGCCCCUUCCUGAAACAACAUACGUACACACACACAGCCAUGUCCAUUCUUCUUUUGUUCCCCAGUUGUCUUCAGGGAUGUGUUUCUUUUUUCAGGAUUUCAGAUUUUUGGACAUAUAUCUCUUGUUGACGUCAAAUGGGAGAUUACUUUUUUUCCUGAUUUUUAUUUUCCUGGCGACAUCCCUAUUUUCCCUCAAACGCACACAUGCAUCUGCUCAUACAUUCCUGCUCCUGACUCACCCACCCACCCACUCACACACCUGAUCUUUUGAGUGCACGUAUGUCUCAUUUAGCCUAAAUCUCAUCCCUCACUGCCACCGAAGCAGGCAGGUUGUCGUCAGCACAGCCUGUAUCUCACAGCCUGUCUCCCAAGAGUACCAGGCAAUCACAGCCAGAGCUGGACACGGGACAUGUAGAUAGGAUGGGUUGUUUUAGUUUUUGUACUGCGGCCCUGGGGCCACUUUGGGGUUAAGUGCCUUGCUUAAGAGCACACUGGUAGGCCCUCCAUUUCAGUUGAAUAACCUGGCUCAGGAUAGGUUGCUGGUUCAACGCUCUACCCCUCUGCCCCCAGAAAUGAUUUUCAAUGCCACAUUCAACUUGUAUGAAUGACAAUGAACACGGAUCUUAUCAUUUUGUUUUAAAUUACAUUUUGUCCUAUGUUCUUUGAAAUGUUUAAUUAUCAAUAAAUUACCAUGAAUAGAA